AUGGUUCUAAUCUUAGACACAAAAGCUGGAGAGACCAAGGGAAGGCAAGAAUUGGAACCUGAACUGGAACGGAGUAUCUCAGCAGCAAAAAUGAGUCCCAGGGAGGGAACGGGUCCCCUGGGCAAAGUGGCACCAGGAGGAGCCGGAGGGGAGCUCCGAGUUCUGUGUUGGAGCUCGGGCGAUCUAAAGGAGAGAGUUCUAAGGGAGCCGACACCCUCAAACGGCGGGGCACCGGGGCGGGCAGCCUCUCCUCCCCAUCCCCGUCCAGUCAUUUAUGAAACACACUCUCUCUUCCUGUCAGGACUGACUCAGGUAGAGGAGUCGAUAAAACCACCUGAUCAGGGGGAAGGAAGACACAACAGAAACCAGAGUGCGCAUCGCAGAGAGGCUCCAGCCGGCACCCCCAGAGUCCAGCCUUGGCCUCUCCGCUGUCCCUGCUGGGUCCAGGAGGUCUCCUUUGAGUAGGGGGCAGCUGCAGUCCUCCCUUCCUCCCUCGGGAUGUCUCUCCUCUGGCUGAGCUGCCUCUGCUUCUCUUUCCUCCUGCCCGCAGCCCUGGGCACCUCUAGGAAGGAAGACUGUGACUGUAACGGGAAAUCUAGACAAUGUGUCUUUGAUCAAGAGCUACAAAGGAGGACGGGAAAGGGAUUCCGCUGUGUCAACUGCAAUGACAAUACAGCCGGUAUACACUGUGAGAGGUGCAAAGAUGGGUUUUACCGCCAGAGAGACAGAGACCGCUGCUUGCCCUGCCAUUGCAACAUCAAAGGCUCUCUUACCUCCCGAUGUGAUAACCAUGGACGGUGCAGCUGUAAAUCAGGCGUGGUGGGAGACAGAUGUGACCGAUGCCAGCCAGGAUUCCACACUCUCACUGAAGCCGGGUGUGCCCGCAGUAGACAACUACAAGAUCCCAAAUGUGACUGUGAUCCUGCUGGAAGUACAGGAAACUGUGACUCUGGUCGAUGUGUCUGCAAGGCUUCUGUCACUGGAGAACGCUGCGAUAGGUGUCGGCCUGGUUACUAUCAUCUGGACAAAGGCAACCCCGAAGGAUGUACCCAGUGCUUCUGCUAUGGGCAUUCAGCCACCUGCACCAGUUCUGGGGUUUACAGUGUCUAUAAGAUCACGUCUCCUUUCCAUCGAGAUGUCGAUGGCUGGAAGGCUGUCCACAGAAACAGAAGCCCUGCCCCACUCCAAUGGUCUCAACGCCACCAUGAUAUUUUUAGCACAACCAGGAGAUCUGAUCCCAUCUACUUUGUAGCCCCUGCCAAAUUUCUUGGGAACCAACAGGUGAGUUAUGGGCAGACUCUGUCUUUUGACUAUCGUGUGGAUCGAGGAGGGAGGCAUCCCUCUGCCCAGGAUGUGAUUCUUGAGGGAGCUGGUCUUCGGGUCACAGCCCCCUUAAUGCCACUGGGGAAGACGCUGCCUUGUGGAAUCACCAAGACAUAUACAUUCAAAUUGAAUGAACAUCCAAGCAGUAAAUGGAACCCUCAGCUGAGCUACUUUGAGUACCGCAGGUUAUUACGGAACCUGACAGCCCUUUGGAUCAGAGCUACGUAUGGAGACUAUAGUACAGGGUACAUUGAUAAUGUGACCCUGAUUUCGGCUCGUCCCAUCUCUGGGGCCCCAGCAUCCUGGGUUGAAAAAUGUGUAUGUCCUCCUGGGUACAAGGGACAAUUCUGCCAGGAUUGUGCCCCUGGAUACAAAAGAGAUUCUGCCAAACUUGGGUCUUUCGGAAGUUGUAUCCCAUGUAACUGUCAAGGUGGAGGAGCCUGUGACCCGGAUACUGGAGAUUGUUAUUCAGGCGAUGAAAACCCAGACAUCGAAUGUGCUGACUGCCCCAUUGGUUUCUAUAAUGAUCCUCAGGACCCCCGCAGCUGUAAGCCAUGCCCUUGUCAAAAUGGCUUCAGCUGCUCUGUGAUGCCAGAGACAGAGGAGGUUGUCUGCAAUAACUGCCCCCAAGGGAUCACUGGUGCUCGCUGUGAGCUGUGCGCUGAUGGCUACUUUGGAGACCCCUUUGGUGAAAAUGGCCCCGUAAGACCCUGCCAGCCUUGUCAGUGCAACAACAAUAUUGACCCCAGUUCAUCUGGGAACUGUGAUCAUCUGACAGGGGAAUGUUUGAAAUGCACUUACAACACAGCCGGCUUCCAUUGUGACCGAUGCAGAGAGGGCUUCUUUGGGAAUCCUCUGGCUACCAAUCCAGCGGACAAGUGUCGAGCAUGCAAUUGCAACUCCGUGGGAUCUGAGCCUCAGGGGUGUCGAAGUGAUGGGAGCUGCAUCUGCAAGCCAGGAUUUGGGGGCAUCCAUUGUGAUCACUCAGCACUGACCACCUGUCCAACCUGCUACAACCAAGUGAGAGUUCAGUUGGAACAGUACAUGCAGCAGCUGCAGAGUGUGGAGGCUCUUGUUCUGAAGGUGCAGGCUGGUGGUGGGUCACUACCCAAUGCAGAACUGGAAGGCAGGCUCAAGGAAGCAGAGGGGACCCUUCAGGACAUUCUGAGAGAAGCUCAGAUCUCUGAAGGCUCAGGGAGGUCCCUGAAGCUCCGCCUGGACAAAGCAAGAGCCCAAGAGACCAACUACCAGUCCCGCCUGGAUGAGCUCAAGAUGACUGCGGACAGGAUGCGGGCCCUGGGGAAUCAGUAUCAGAGCCAAGUCCAGGACACCCGGAGGCUGAUUGCCAAGAUGAGACUGAGCUUGGAGGAAAGCAAAACAUCUCUGAGGAACACUAAUAUCCCGCCUUCAGACCAGUACGAGGGACCAAACGGCUUUAAAACACUAGCCCAAGAGGCCUGGAAGCUAGCAGACAGUCAUGUGAAGUCAGCUAAUGAUAUGGAACGACUGGAGGGAGAAACCAGAGAUUUUUCUAACCAAGCCUUAGAAUUGGUUCGCAAAGCUGUGACCGAAGGAGGGGUAGGAAGCAGUGUGGACAGCUCUGUGGUGCAAGGGCUUGUGGGAAAAUUUGAGGAAGCCAAAUCCAUGGCCCAACAGUUGGAGAGAGAGGCCGGUCAAGCUGACAACGAGGCAGAAAAGGCUUACCAGCAGAGCCUCCACCUACUGAACUCCAUGGUUCAACACCCAGGAAUCUCCCACCAGGCAUCUGAGGUGGCAACAAAGAGGAUCAGGCAGGAAGCUGACUCUCUGUCAAGCCUGGUAACAAGACAUAUAACGGAGUACAAACGCUUGCAAGACCGCCUGGGAGACUGGGAAGAGGAAACACAGCAGCUGUUACAAGAUGGAGAGAAGGAGAGACAGAAAUCAGAUCAGCUGCUUUCUCGUGCCAAUCUUGCUAAAAGCAGAGCUGAAGAGGCAUUGAGCAUGGGCAAUGCUACUUUUUAUGAAGUGGAGAGCAUUUUAAAAAACCUCAGGGAAUUUGAUCUGCAGGUCGGAGAUAGGAAAACAGAAUCAGAAGAUGCUCUCAGGAGACUCCCCAUUAUCAGUCGGAUGGUUGCAGAUGCCAAUGACAAAACAGGCCGGGCAGAAGCAGCCCUGGGCAGUGCCUCUGCAGAUGCCAGGCGGGCAAAGAGCAUGGCAGGAGAGGCGCUAGAGAUCGCUGAUAAUAUUGAACAGGAGAUAGGGAGAUUGAACUUAGAAGCUAACACAACAGCAGAUGCUGCCUUGGCACUGGAGAAGGGAAUGGCCAGUCUGAGGAGCGGGAUACGGGAUGUGGAAGGAGAGCUUGGAAGGAAAGAACUGGAGUUUGACCAGGAUGGGGACACUGUGCAGAUGGUGAUUCAGGAAGCCCAAGGAGCUAAUUCCAGAGCCCAAAAUGCAGGUCUUACCAUCCAAGAUACACUAAAUGCCUUGGACGGCAUCCUGAGUCUAAUAGAUCAUCCCAGCAGUGUGGACGAAGAAGGGUUAAUCUUGCUAGAACAAAACCUCAGCAGAACCAGAAACAAGAUCAAUGCUCAGCUACGGCCCUUGAUGUUGGAACUGGAGGACAGAGUUCGCAGGCAGCAAGGCCACCUGCAAUCCCUAGAAGCAAACAUCAGUGGGAUCCUGGCUGAUGUCAAGAACUUGGAGGAUAUUCAAAACAACCUGCCUCCAGGCUGCUAUAAUACACAGGCCCUAGAGCAACAGUGA